AUGGGCAGAACGGUGGUCAUGUGUCAACAGCCACCGAAAGUUGAGUGCAGCGUCCUUUUCAUCCACGUCAACGGGACCGAAUUGAAGGUCGUGAACAACUUCAAGUUUCUGGGCAGUACGAUAUCACUCUGCAUCAUAAUUGACGAAAAAACGGCCCACCGGAUCUCCGAAGCCAGCCAAGUCUUCGACUGGCUGCAGAAUCCCGUAUGGAAUCGCCACGGCCUUCAACUAAAAACCAAAUUAAAGAUGUGCAAGGCCGACAGGUAUAACUGACAAAGACAAGGUACAGUGCGGGACCUAUCUCAUGAAAUGUUGGCUGAAAUUCUGAAAUGCAUUUUCGAUUAGGAAGGAUUACUUGGUCGCGGUUGUGAUACUGAUUAUCUUAAGGCAUACUCUUAUAACAUUUUAGACUUGACAGGAUGUCCGCUUUAAAAUGCGCUCCUUUUCAAUCUCCUGUAGAAAGCGUGCUCGGUAAAAAAAUGACUACUUAAGUAGCAUGCAUUUUUCCCAUUGAUUUUCGAUGAUCUUGGAAAUUCAAAUAUAUUUUAUAGAAACCACAAACAAAAAUGUGCUUUCUUUUAGUCAAUCAAUAGAGAAUCACGUCUUCUUUAUAGUUUAUACUUAAGGAAGGAGUAUAAUUAGGUUUUUAAAAACUUUUCUAAUUGCCGAAACAUUUGGAGCCUGAUCAUUCGUUGCAUUAGCGCUUAGUGAUUACACUCUACAAGGUGCAUGCCUUCCGCGUAUAGAAAAUCCCAUAUUUUUCUAUUUCAUUAAAGAGAUAUCCUACAGGGUUCAUAAAAUUUUGCAAUGGAUACGGACCAUGUUGUACAUUUCAUGAGGAGCAGUGGUAAACGGCCAGGUACGAUGCUAUGUGAAUGGACAUGUCGCGGUCUUAAAAAGUCUCAUAAUUAGAAACUUUUUUAAAACCUAAUUAUACUCCUUCCUUAAGUAUAAAAUAUAAAGAAGACGUGAUUCUCUAUUGAUUGACUAAAAGAAGGCACAUUUUUGUUUGUGGUUUCUAUAAAAUAUAUAUGAAUUUUCAAGACCAUCGAAAAUCAAUGGGAAAAAUGCAUGCUACAUAAGUAGUCAUUUUUUACCGAGCACGCUUUCUACAGGAGAUUGAAAAGGAGUGCAUUUUAAAGCGGACAUCCUGUCAAGUCCGAAAUGUUAUAAGAGUAUGCCGUAGGAUAGUCAGUAUCACAAUUGCGACCAAGUAAUCCUUCCUAAUCGAAGACGCAUUUCAGAAUCUCAGCCAACAUUUCAUGAGAUAGGCCACGCACUUUAAUACCAUUCCGUCUAUAUCAUACACCGCUGUGCGGUUGCUGAUUGGGCUCAAGAUAGAGCCCGUAGGGCACACCGGAGCGAGUGAGCUCCGUAAAAACUAUCACUGAACGUCCCUCUAACAAUUUGUAGGACUGUUGUCCUGGCGACACUUUUGUAUGUGGCGGAGACCUGUAUCAUCUACUCCAUCUAUGCCAGGGAGCUCAACCAAUUCUAUGUGAGUUGCCUCAGAAUACUGAAGCUGAUAUAGCAAGGCAUGAUCCUGGACACUGAAGUUCUCUAAUGGACAGGAAUUCUCCACAUCUACGUCAUACUGAGACAAUAGCGACUGCGUUGAAGCGGCCACCUCAUGAGGACGAACGACAAGUGACUGCCCAAACGACCCUUCUAUGGAUGUGUCACCACGGGUACCCGUCGACAAGGAGAACAAAAACUGCGCUACGAGGACAUUCUGAAGAACUCGCUGAAAGAACUGGAGAUUAACCCGGAGACCAAGGAGGACCUUGCCCAGAACAAACCGGCCUGAAAAAGAGAAUUGAAAGCCGGUAAAGCCAUCUACGAAAUCAAUCAGAUCGCCGUCGCCAAAGAUAAAAGGAAGGCCCGCAAACCUUAAGUGUUUCGACUCCUCAUGCCAAUAGUCAGCCGCUGCCAACAUGCCCGCGCUGCCAACGCAUAUUUCGACCUCGUAGGGCGUCUUCGGACGCAAUGCCCCAACAACCUGGCAAUGUCAACUUCUUCCACAAUCGUCCCUGUUGCAAACCCCGUGAUGAAGACCAUCGACGUCAGCGAUGAUCACACUGUCGUUGCCCCACCGCCAUCAAUCACCACCAUUAUCCUCCCUGUCCCAACCCCUGCGUCCACCACACUGACCAGUUCCUCCAAAAUCACGAUAUCUUGCACUCCCCCCCCCCCACCGAUGAGACGACGUCGACGUCCCAUCAUUUGCUACCAUCACCCCCAGCAACCGAACUACAGCGCUGUAGACUUUGUCCAAUCAAUUCUCAUUGAGAUCGCAAAUUCACCUCUCACAUUGGCCUGGUCGGUCACUUGCGAAUCCGUCGCACAGAGACUGGCGAACCAGUGCCUGGAGCACCCACGUACUCUUGGCACAUCCGCCACAACUGCCCUCACUGUUCCCGUACAUUCAGUCACAGCAUGGGUCUAUGGGGUUACAUGCGCAUCCGAUGGAACCUGA